AUGGCUCCAAGACCCAUUGACAACGUGAAACCCUGAAACCUCUCUGAUACUGCAGAAUUCCUCCUUCUGGGACUGUCAGGGGAUCCAGAACUGCAGCCCCUGCUAUUCUGCCUCUUCCUGUCCAUAUACGUGGUCACUGUGCUUGGUAACUUGCUCAUCAUCCUGGCCAGUAUCUAUAACUCCCACCUGCACACUCCCAUGUACUACUUCCUCUCUAAUCUGUCUUUCAUUGACAUCUGUUUCACCACCACCACCACCACAAUCCCAAAGAUGCUAGUGAACAUCCAGCCACGGAGCAAAUCCGCCAGUUACACAGGAUUCCUCACCCAAAUCUGCUUUGUCUUGACUUUUGCUGGACUGAAAACUGGAAUUCUGGCCAUGAUGGCCUAUGAUGGAUUUGUGGCCAUCUGUCACCCACUGAGGUACAGUGUCAUCAUGAACCACAAGGUCUGCAGGCUGCUGGUUCUGAUCUCCUCCUUUGUUAGUGUUGUGGAUGCCCUGCUCCACACUUCGAUGGCGCUGCGGCUGUCCUUUUGCACAGAACUAAAAAUUCCCCUCUUUUUCUGUGAACUAGCUCAUAUUCUCAAUCUCGCCUGUUCUGAUAGCCUCAUCAAUAACGUCCUCGUGUAUUUAGUGACCAGCCUGUUGGGCGUUAUUCCUCUCUCUGGGAUAAUUUUCUCUUAUACUCGAAUUGUCUUCUCUGUCCUGAAAAUCCCGUCAGCUGGUGGAAAGGAUAAGGCAUUUUCCAUCUGUGGGUCACACAUAAUAGUUGUUUCCUUGUUUUACGGGACAGGUUUUGGGGUGUACUUUAGUUCUGCAGCCACUCACUCCUCCAAGAAGAGUGCAGUGGUAUCAGUGAUGUACACUGUGGUCACCCCUAUGCUGAACCCCUUUAUCUGUAAUCUGAGGAGCAAGGCUAUGAUGGGGGCUUUGAGGAAACUCAUCUCUAAAAUAUCAUCUUUCCAUUGA